AUGGCUAAAACUGAUGAGUACCAAAUUUGUACAGCUGCUAGAAACAAACUCGAAGAGUACGUUGACCCUAACGAGGAGCUAAAACAUCCGACGUGGUUUAAAGUCCCUGAAUGGGAUGUGGACAGCUUCGAAGGUCUCGAGUACAAUUCCUCUGAAUAUAAAAAUGAAUUCUCUAAUGACGAAGAUGAAAAUCAAUGGCGCCGCUUUAAGCGCCAGCUCAUCGAGAAUAAGGGGUUUUAUGUGGAGCGAGAGCUUUGGCCAUGGUACAACUACUCGGAUUACAAAGUAGUCCCUAAUUUGGAUUUGCCUGCCAGUUUCGGGCAAACCUACCGAGUACUUUGCAGAGAUGGCUUGUCUCUGUCUCAAAAAGUACAACGAAGAGAAAAGAAUCGAAAAUGUCGGUAUAUUAUUUUUGGCUAAUUAUCACUCAACUCUUUACAAGUGUAUUUAUCUAAUAAAUCUGGUUCGUUUUCUGAUUGUUUCAAGGGUUUCGAUGUGGAGUUUGUGGAAGUGGUGCGAGGUAUAUUUUCAGCAGGAUCAAGGUCAAAGUCGUUCAUCACAUUCAUGGCUAGGGAGAAACCUGAUGGACCUCCUGUUGAGUAUCAAGCUAAGGUUUGGUGUACGGUUGUUCGAAACCAGAACUAUCCCAUCCUCUGUAGACGGGCUCUCACAACAAAGCCUCCAAGCCAAAACUAGUAAAGACUAGCAGCUGAUCGAGAAGAUGGAAUUCGCUGGCUGAUGCAGAGGCUGGAGUUCGCACCAGGUCAUCUAAUAUGAAGUUGUUUGUAUUCGACUUAGUCGUACUAAAUCACUUCUAUUGUGUUGUGCCAAUAUUUAUGUUUUAGGUACUUAUCUCUAUGUUAGCUAAAUAACUGGUCUAAGAGACUUCAAAUUAAAUGUUUGUGUUUUAUAACUUUGGAAGCAUGGCAUGUGUCUCCUUUGAUGCAGUAUCCUCGCUUUUGGGAUUUCUUUCUUUUAUUAUGUUUUCAUAUUAUGUAUGACACAUGAGUAAAAAUCAAACAUAUC